AUGUUAAAUAUUUGCCAAAACUUGUCUUCCGUUGCAAAACCGGAUCUAAUUGUCGUGAGUGGUCACAAAUGCAACAUUCAGCGAGGGCCUCAAACUUCUAUUGGCACACCAACUAUCACAAAAAGGGUUACAGCUUGGGAGGCGCUCAUAUACCUGGAGAUGUUGCUGGCAGAAGAUGAGGCAUUUGCGAUUUUGGCAACGUUUGUUCCACCGCUCGUAGCGCUGUUGCCUCCAGAGAAUUUUGCUUCGGAUAAUUGGGUUUAUGUCCAUGAUCCGGCGUCGCGACCUUUACUAAAGUCAAUUUUCGCGCAACUAAAACAGAUGAGCGCUGACACACAUGGAUACAAUGAAGUAAUGGACACAACUCGUUGGGAAAUAAUUUUAGUUGAUGUAACCGCGACAUUUCAUAAACCUUGUGUGCUUGAUAUCAAACUUGGAUAUGUGCGGCAUUCACCGCACACAUUACCCGACAAGGUGGAGCGCAUACAUAAGAGGCAGCUUCGACGAAGCCAACCCAUACGAUUUUGCGGUGCACAUCACCAAUUUUGUCGCCAAAAUAACGACAUCGGGGAGUGCUUUGAAUUAGAAGAGUUCACAAAAGACAUGGGUUAUGCACUGGAAACAGAAGAGAGCCACCGCCGUGCACUUCGCUCCUUUUUUACCACAGCAUCCCUAAUGACCACAUCGAAUACCAAUGAGACGACCAUAAUUGACGAUCGGCAUGCAAUGGCGCGCUCGCGGUGCUGCCGUCAGCGCGUUCAAAAGUUAGUUGAUUUCUUAAAGGGUCAUUUGGGUCAAAUGCUAUUGGAGAGAAUAGCAUUUGUGUCCGCGUCGUUAUUGAUUGUGUACGAUGCGACGGGGUGUUGCGGCAGAAAUGUUACCGUAAGUGAAGGGAUCAAUAGUAUGAAUGAUAUGGUGAACGUUUAUUUGAUUGACUUCUCUCGCUCAGGCGACAGGCGGUUACACUUUCCUGAGGAAGUGGUUGGGUUUGUUCAAGGUUUGGAAAAAAUUAUUUUUCUUCUUUCAUGA